GUUAGCAGUGCUCAAAACGAAUAUAAAUUUUACGUUGACUAUCACAAUUUAAACAGAGGUCCCUGCCAAGACGCAAAAAUAAACACAAAACAAGUAACAUGUUGGAAAAUUGUGGAAAAUCAAUUAGAAAAUCAGCCGGACAAUUUGCACGGGGUGUUUUCAGACUGCGAAACGUAUAUGAUGAAAUGGAAGUUCCAGUUUGAGGCAGAGGGUGAGUUGUUGGAUGAAACGUUAUUUUUCUUUUGGAAAGGCCAAAACGCUACCAAAGGUUACUCACCGCUGCCCGCGGAAUUUGAAAACGAACAAACCAUCGUCGAACGCGUCGUACAAUGGAGCGAACCUCCGGUGUUUUUCAGGAUUUUCGACGAUGUUAUCACAACGUCCGGAAAUGAUGGUCAAUCGAAUCGUCUGUUCGUGUUCAGAGGUGAACUCGAGGGGGAAAUACAUUUCUACGAAGUACCUUGUUUGAAGUCGAGUUUGAGGAGCAAAUCUAGUUUUGUACUUGUACAAACCGACUUGAAAAAAGCCACUGUUUGGCAUGGUGUUAACUCGCCAGAAAUUUACAAGAAAAAAUCUUUAAAUCGAUUUGAAAAACUAUUCGGAUUUCCUGUUACUAGUAGUGAAUCGUUAAUUGAUUUGGUACCAGGGAAUAAUGAUUUUCUAACAGUUCAUUGCAAUGAUAAUUUUACGCCCAAACUGUUCUAUUUAAAUUCUAUAACUGGUGAAUUACAAGCGACUUUGGUCCAAUAUUCCUUAGCUUCCCAUCAAAUUGCCAGAUAUCCAUUUUUGCAUUCGCAUCUUUAUAGUGCUAUAACUCCAGCAAGUUUUAUAUUAGACAACUAUUCAGAAGUUUGGCUUUGGACUGAUUCUAACGAAGAGGAAAAUUUAAAAGAAUGUAAAAAAAUAAUAAUAGAAUAUACAAAAAGGGUUAAAAUUAUUAGAAACAUCCCGAUUGUGAUGAAACACGUUAUUGCCGGUUGUGAACCACUCGAUUUCAUCCAUUUGUUUCCAUAUUGGCCUAAAAUAUCCACCAGACAAGAGGUGGAUAUUAUAGUUGAAGGAUGAAUCGUAUUUUCUGUAAUAUUAAAUGAUUUUAAAAAUAAAUGUUUUAUUUCGUUUCA